UGGAUGUGGCUACCCGAUGUGUGUCCUGAACAGACCCUCAUCACCCACUACGUCAUCGAAAGCACUGCAUCAACAACUACACCGCUGCACGACCAGUACAGUCCCCAGUGAUCGUAGGAGGUUGGUCAUCGAGAAUCUGAAGGAAGGAAUCAACUACAGUGUGAGACUGAAACCUGUAGCGGAUGCCGGGGCCGGACCGGCAAGUGACCCUGUGUAUGCAGUGCCCCUUGACCCGAGUUUGUCAACAGGAGAGAUUAGUGGUAUUGCUGUUGCUUGUGUCUUUGUCUUCUGCGUCAUCCUGUCGGGCAUGGUGUGUUGUUACAGAUAUUCCUGCAAAAAGUGGAAGGAGAAAGAGGAGAUAACUCUUCCUGCCCUUCCAAACUUCUCUGCAUAUUCAGCCACAACUGUCAGGACAAUUGCAGUCAUGCCGCUGUCAGACACAAAAUGUGUAGAGAGACCCAAGCAGACCCACUUACUCACUGAUCGACAGCUGAGUGGGGACAGUGGGCGUGGCAGUCUGACCGAAGGUGACCCGAGUCCAGCCCCUCUCUCCCCCUCCAGUCAGUCCCCGCUCAAGUUUGAACCUGUGGAGGAGAAGGAGGAGGAGGCUAAACAAGGGUUGGGGCCAGAACUAAGAAGUGGCAGCAGCCUUCCUCGGGACUACACGAAGGUGGCCGACACAAGCGGUGGUGGACCUCCAUCCAUCAACUGCCUUCAUGUGGAGUGUCCUCCUCACAAUCCCUGGAACGAUUCUGAUGACUCUGUGGACGAGGAGAGUUUCAGCAACAAGGGUUAUGAUGAGUAUGUUAUCGCAGCUAACAAGGAUGGGGAUGGGGAGGAGGAAAAGGGUGUUAAUCCAGGUUUUGUUCUGGAUGCAGAAGGGGAAAAGUCUGAGUCUGAUGCACCUUGUCAGGAGGACCUGUAUCUUGGGGAGGAACAUUGUCAUGGUGUUCCUCUCACAGAAGUUGCAUCACGCAUCAAUGAAGUGCAAGUGACAGGUGACCUCAGUACGGAAAUGUCUGAUAUGGACAAUUUCUCCGAGGGUUUGGAAGUUCCAGAUGUAGAGCACCAAUGGUAGUCACUAGCAGGAAGAAACAGUGCAGGUGAAGAUGUCAGCACCCUGAAAUCACAACCAGAAAAGCCUCACAUGUCUCAACAAGGAGAAACCUCAAAUAUGGAUGACAGUCAUCUGAGAAGACAGCGAGAGCCCCUUCCAUG